ACACCAGCCAAGCCAAGUGUACUAUAGUUUUUAAGCUACCGGACCAACUAGACAGCAGCCAUGUCGGAGGAGAAGCACCACCACUUGUUCCACCGCAAGAAGGACGACGAGGACAAGGCCACCGGCGGCGAGUACGGCGGGUACUCGGAGACCGUGGCCACCGAGGCGGUGACCACCGGCGAGAACGAGUACGAGAGGUACAAGAAAGAGGAGAAGCACGACAAGCGCAAGGAGCACCUCGGCGAGACGGGCGCCGUGGGCGCCGGCGCUUUCGCACUCUACGAGAAGCACGAGGCGAAGAAGGACCCGGAGCACGCGCACAGGCACAAGAUCACGGAGGAGAUCGCCGCCACGGGGGCCGUCGGCGCCGGCGGCUACGCCUUCCACGAGCACCACGAGAAGAAGAAGGACCACAAGGACGCCGACGAGGCCAGCGGCGAGAAGAAGCACCACCACCUCUUCGGCUGAUCGAUCGACGAGCACGCACGCACCCGGCUUGUAGUUUGUGUGCAUGCAUCUACCGUGUUUGACGAGUCGUAAUAAUUAGUCCCUUUCGGACCUCGCUUGUUUGAGGCCGAGAGGUGGGGCCGUGCGUCGAGCUGUCGUACCUGUCCGUGGUUGAUUUUCUCUGGAUGUGUGUGGUUGCGUCGAAUAAGUGGGAGCGUCGUGUUGCUCCCGGUGAUGUAUUUUUAUUUUAUUUUAUAAUGGAAGCUUUAUAAUAGAAUCACGUAAGAUUUUACCUAUACAUUCCGAGUGAUGUAUGGGUGGUUGAA